CGCUCUCCACAAGAAUGAUCUCAAAGAGAAGAGACAGGAUCAUGCCCCAAAUGACCAGGACGAGCUCAUCCAAGCGUCAAAGGACAUGUUGAACAUGAGGAACUGCUAUGAUAAUCUGCUUUCUGCAGCAGCUGCCACUGCAAAUAGUGCAUAUGAGUUCUCAGAAGCCCUAAGGGAAAUGGGUACUUGUCUGCUUGAGAAAACUGCAGUAAAUGAUAAUGAAGAAAGUGGCAGGGUUUUGUUGAUGCUGGGGAAAGUGCAGUUUGAGCUUCAGAAACUUGUGGAUAGUUAUCGGGUGCAUAUCAUCCAGACUAUUACAACUCCAUCUGAGUCUCUCCUCAAGGAACUCCAAACUGUGGAGGAGAUGAAGCAUCAGUGUGAUGAUAAACGAGAUCUGUACAAAUUCAUGUUAACAGCACAGAGAGAAAAAGGGAAGUCAAGAAGCGCCAAAGGUGAAAGUUUUUCAUCACAACACUUGCAAGAAGCUAAAGACGACUUCAAGGAGCAAGCAAAUUUAUUUGUCUUUCGCUUAAAAUCAUUACAGCAAGGACAAUCUCACAGUCUUUUGACACAGGCUGCUCGGCACCAUGCUGCGCAGUUGAAUUUCUUCCGGAAAGGGGUUAAGUCCCUUGAGUUGGUUGAACCACACGUUAAAGUGGUUGCUGAACAACAGCAUAUUGAUUAUCAGUUCAGUGGGCUUGAAGAUGAUUAUGCGGAGGAUGAUGAUGAGAAUUGUUACAGUUAUGAUGGGGAAUUGAGUUUCGACUAUGGAAAAAUUGACCAAGGUCAAGAAGUUGUCUCAUUAUCCGGAAAUUCUAUGGAGUUGGAUCAAGUAGACAACAUCAAUGCCCCCUCCACUACUGAAAUUUCACAGGAAAGUUUAGGCAAAAGUCGGACGGAAUUUGUUUCUUUUGAUAGGAGGCCGAGGGCUGGUAGCCAAUCAGCACCAAUUUUAACUGAUAAGUUUGAAUUAUCUGAGAAGAUAAAUCUAAUACAAUCUUCAUUAACAAGGAAGCCCAACACAUAUGUUUUACCUACACCAGCUGAUGCAAAGAGAUCUCCUUCCCCAUCAGAGCCAAAUAAGCUUGUGAAAGAUAUAAAAAAUGAACAGCCAAGCUCCACCAAGGUACCAAAAGCACAGUCAGUACUCAAAGAGAGCAAUAUUAACAGUGGUCCUAUUAAAUUACUAGUUCCGUUGGCAGAAGGGUUGUCCAUAUCACAGUUUGAUUCUCAUAAUUCUUCUGAUGCUAAAAAGAUCAAAAGACAAGCUUUCUCAGGUCCCCUGACUAGCAAAGCUUGGUCAAACAAAACCAUGUUUUCUGCAGGUGAAUAUCCUCCUGGCCGCAUUUCUGCCCAGAAAUCUGUGUCUCCAAGAGUCUCCCUGAGUGCAUCACCUCCUCCAGCUCUGUCACCAAGAAUUAACGAGCUUCAUGAACUUCCCAGACCUCCAAUUACUUCUGAAAACCUUACAAGACCAUCCAAUUUGGUUGGCCAUUCAGCCCCAUUGGUGUCUAGGGGUCAAGAAUUUUCUACUGCGAAUAAAACGCCAACAGUUGCAUCACAGAAAGCAUCACCACUACCGAUACCACCUGUGAUCAUGGCUCGUAGUUUCUCUAUACCCUCAAGCGGUCAAAGGAUGCCUAUGUUGACCACAAGCAAAUUGUUCGAGGUUCCUCAUGAUACUGGCACGAAUGAAUACACUUCUUCGCCUCCUCUGACACCUAUAUCUCUCACAAGUAAUCAACGAACUUCUGAAUCAGUGGUCCAUGCUACUAAACCUAAAGGCUAACACUUGCAUGCUGAACCUUUUUGCAACCUGAUUUCAUAGCCCAUUCCUCUAUCCCGCUGUCCGUUUGUACUACUCUCUCGAGGUUAUUUCAUUAUCAAUUCCUACGAUUGUACUUGGAGAAGUUCUUAAGAUGAUGAAAGGUGAGUUUUUAUUCUAAUGAGCUUUUUGGGGUCUUGAGUUUUGGCCGCUUUGUUUUGAUCAAAGAAACUCGAAUGUACAACUAGUGACGGUUUGUGGCCUGGUUCAAAGUUUUAAGCUUCACUUAAAUAAUGAAGUUCCAAGAACAACCUCCUUAAGAGUCAUCUUAGCUUGAUGUGCCCGAUGUUCCCUUUUUGGAUUGUUGAAUUGGAUGGAUGAUCUGUUGACAGGAGCAGCGUAAUAAAGGGAGGCAGAGGAUGUGACUGAAGAGCUUGUAUUAGAAGCUAGUCUCUUCUUAAUAUUUGAGUUAUGAUGAUGCUAGAUUGUAAAGGGGAGUAGGUUGCAGAGAAAGGCAUGGGAUGGCAGCCUGGGGGUUUUAUUCUUUUGUAAAAUGUUUGUUGUGAACGAACAGUGAGGAGACAAGUCAGUAAAGGAGAAUGGCUAACGACCGUGAAAAGAUUCGAUUUUGUCUUGAUUUAGUAAUAUCAAUGCUUACUGUUUAAGUUUAAUUAACACUCUUGUUUCCAGAUGAGGGUUACUAGGAUGAUUGAGCUUGUGGUCGUUAGUUAAUUUUUUCUUUAGCAAAUUAGGGCUGUUUAAAUA